AAGUGUUGUCGCAAAAACUUACGCUUUACGGCAGCGACAGUUCAAUAUGAUUGGACGUCUUAUGCCGUAAAUCGUGUUGGUUACAGAACGCAUGGGACUGUGCUGGGACAGCGUGUGUGUACAGCAGAAAUACGCACGUUAGGAUGGAGGCUAAAUCCGAAAAACCCUUUUCUCCCAAAGGAGGAAAGAAGCUAACACAGAAAGGAAAAGAUUCCAUAGGGACCAAACUUGGUGGAAAACCAGGCGGUAAGCCAGGUGGUAAGAAGCCCUUCAAACCGUACAACAACACAGAGAGGAAAGGCAGGCUGGGGAAAGGGCCACAGAAGAGGAAAAUGCCGUUUAAAGGGAAAAAUAAAGAAGAGGGUGGUGGAGGUCCGGAGGCCAAGAUGAUGAAGAAAGGUGAGUUUAAACCGAAGACGAAGGAGCUGACGGAGGAGGAGCUGAAGAAGAAUAGGCAGCAGAGGAAGAAGGAUCUGAAGAAGAGCAGACAGCAGGCGGAGAGGAAGGACAUGUUCCAGAUCAUCUGUCAAUGCAAACAAGUGUGGGGAGACCUCAGGAGGAAGAACUGCGACAACGACUUGAAGAAGAAACUGAUGAAGGAGCUUCACGAUCUGAUCCGCGGGAAGGUGAAACAGAUGGCGUUUGCUCACGACUCAGUGCGGGUGCUGCAGUGUUUCAUCCAGUUUGGCAGCCACGAGCAGAGACAGGAACUGUUUGAGGAGCUCAAAGAUGACAUCAUUGGUUUGUGUAAGUCGCAGUACGGCAAACAUGUGGUAAAAAAACUGCUGAUGUACGGGAACAAGGAGGUGGUGGCAGCUGUGAUGCAAACAUUUAAAGGUCACGUGCGGCCGAUGCUUCGCCACGCCGCUGCCUCGUCCAUCAUCGAGUACGCCUACAACGACAAAGCCGUGCUCGCACAGAGACUCAUGCUCACAGAGGAGCUGUAUGGGAACACCUUCACCGUCUGCAAGUCGUCAGUGUGCAACACCAUCGAGAAAGUUGCAGAGGGGAACCCGGAGAAGCUGAACAACAUCAUAGACGAGAUGAAGCAGAUUCUCACACCCAUGGCCCAGAAAGAACAAGUGAUCAAACACUCUCUGGUCCACAAGGUCUUCCUGGACUUCUUCCUGCUAGCACCUGAAAAACAGAGAACAGAGAUGAUCGAGUCGAUCAGAGAAUCAGUUGUCUACAUGGCUCACACACACGACGGAGCACGAGUGGCAAUGCACUGUCUCUGGCACGGGACAGCCAAGGACAGAAAGGUCAUCAUCAAAACUAUGAAGACGUACAUGGUGAAGUUUGCCACGGGAGAGUUUGGUCACCUGGUGCUUCUGGCCAUAUUCGACUGUGUGGACGACACCAAGCUGGUCAAACAGGCCGUGCUCUCAGAGAUCUUGUCAUCUCUGGAUGAGGUCAUCGGUAAUAAAUAUGGUAAGAAGGUGUUGUUGUACCUGCUGAGCCCCAGAGAUCCUGCUCACCUGCUGCCGGAGAUCAUCAAGGUGCUGGAGAAAGGAGACGGAAACGCACACAGUAAAAAGGACAUGGUCAUUCGAAGGAGGGAGCUGCUAGAAGUUGUCUCUCCCCUGCUGCUGGAGUAUCUCCGUGACAACGCUGCAGCCAUGGUGAUGGACAAAGCGUCCAGCGUCACAGUUAGUGACAUCCUGGCGUCAGCCUGCGGGGACCUGCGGCCUGCCAUGACAGCCGUGGCUCAGCUGGCCAAUCACGAGUUAGUGCCAGGAGGGACCAAUGGACAGCUUCACAUGGCGGAGCAUCCAGCAGGACACCUGGUGCUGAAGUGGCUCCUGGAGCAGGACAUGACACUGGCAGAGGCCGGCAAGGAAGAGCGGUUUGGCAGGAUACUGGUGGACACAGUGGGAGCAGACAAUCUGAAGAGCUGGGUCAAAGUCAACAGAGGAGCCAUGGUGCUCUGCAGCCUCCUGAACAGCUGUGACAAGUCUGUGGCCGCAGAGGUGAAGGCAGCGCUGGAGUCCAUCAAAUCAGAGCUCAGCAGCGUCAGCAACAACAAAGGAGCUGAAAUCCUGCUGGAGAAUCUGAACAAAUAGAGACUUUUUAUAUCAAACAGACUGGCGAUGUUACACACAUCACUUCCUUUGCAGCAGUGGGUCUUCUCCCACAAAAUGAGACUGCGAGUGCUUGAAGCUGCAAAUGGGAACGAUUUCAGGAAGUGGAUACAACCUGGAACACUGUUGUCAUGUCCGUCCCUAAUGAAAAAUGGACGUGAAUUUGUGUGUGUGAAUGAUGAAAUAAAGGUGUUUGCAGAAUGAA